UAGAAUAUAUCUCAAGAAUUCAAGAUACAAUUUUUUUGUGGGGUUUUUAGUUUUGUCAAGUUGUAAAAUUUUUAUGUGCACUUCUUUAUUCCUUUGGCAAUGUGUUAUUUUUGUUGUUCAAGAAUUUGAGUCAAAGUGAAGUAGAAUCUUGAGGGUUUAGUGUUUGUUGUUAAGUUAUGAAAACUCAAUUAUCAUGUCAUUGUGUUUAAUCAAUGGAGAAUUUAGAUUGUGUAGUUUGCCUUUUCUUGCUUUUUUUUUUUUCUUCUCUAUUUUCAUGUUACUUGCAUAAUUCAUCCUUUUCUGCAUUUUGGGUACUUUUUAGUUUCUUGGUUUGCUAUUUCAUCAAGGUGUUUAAUGGAUGUUUUCAAAGUGAACUUAUAUCUCUAUUCUUUUUUACAUCAUCAUUUUUUGCUCCCUUUGGCUUGUGUUUUAAUUUUGGAAAUAAAAUAGGCUCAUUGUUUUAGUAUGAUUUUUCCAAUGAACUUAAUAAUCCUUUUUAGCAAUAAUUCUGUAUUAUGAAAAAAACAUGGGAACAAAUUCAGAUUCUCAAAUGUCAUAAGCUAUUUAUGUAUUUCCAUCUAUUGAUUUUCUUUCCAAGACAUGAAUACCAACUGUAAAAUUUUAUACUUUUGCUUGAUUUUAUACAUUCAUGGAAUUUUUGAUUUAUAUUUUAAUAGUACUACCUUUUUUCUUACAAAAAUGUAAUUUUUCUAAUUUUCAUGCUCUAUAAAACUUUUUGUAGAAAUUAGGUAAUAAGAUGGUGGCAGAAACAUGGGAGAAAGACUUGGUGUGUUAGAUUCUGUUGUGAAGGAGUUAAAAAGAAAAUCAUAAAAGCUUUGAUAGGGUCACCUAGUAUUUAAGUUCACCAUGUCAAGGCAAGCUCAUCUUCCGCCUCGCUGCCCGUUUCAGAAGAAACCGUUAACUUGCCUGGUUCAACAUAACCCGUUGCCUCCUCGACAUGAUAAAUCUAUUUCGCAAAGCUCUAUCGGAGAGGAGCAGCCUGUUUGGCUUGAUGAGUUGUUGAAUGAACCGGACUCGAAUUCCAGUGGCAUAAUGCAUAGGAGAUCAGCUAGUGAUUCUUUGACUCUUGUGUCAUUGGAAGGCUUUGAUAAGUUUGACGAAACUGAAUCAAAUGCAUCUUGUGAAUCGGAUAGUAGUUCAAAGACUAAUUGUAUCUAUGGUCCUAAUUCGCCCCGUGGAAAGAGCAAUAUAGCAUUUGAAGAAAAUGCUAUAGUUUCAGCAUUAUCAGAAUAUGUUUCUCCAAACCCUUUACAAUAUUUAGAUAGGUGUGUUUCUGUGUCUGGAGCUGCACGAUCGGAGUUGGUGGGCAAUGCUUCUGGUGGAGCUGAUGAUGUCGGCGCUGAGGCAAAGUCGAUGAAACGGCAUCCUGGACAGCGGUCAAGAGUCCGUAAACUCCAAUAUAUCGCUGAACUAGAGAGAACUGUCAAUACAUAUGAGGCUAUAGAGUCAGAUUUAGCUGCCAAAGUGGCUUCUCUGCUUCAGCAACGUGUUACUUUAUCUAUAGAAAAUAGAGAGCUAAAGCAACAGAUGCUCAGACUUCAGCAAGAAAAAGUCAUUGUUGAUGCCCAGUACAGGUCAUUGAGGAAAGAAUUGGAAAGAUUGAAAUAUUUAGCACGUUCUCUCAAUGGUAAGCUGAACACAAACUUCAGGCUGAGUGCUGCUGCUGAGAUGACUGGUUCAGACGCGGCUUGGCAGAUGCUGGACUUUGGAAAGCUGGAUCUCAACUAAAAGGAAGUCGAUCUCGUUGGACACCUUUUCUUCAUGACAAUAUCCUGCAGAAUGACGUUGGUGAAACUCCGUCCGACUCCGUCCGACUCAGCCUGUAAAUCCUCUUUAGAAUGUAGUAUUAGCUUUUAGGAUUUAGAUAAUAACGGCCGAUAUGCUGUCUUAACAUUUUGAUGACUUGACGAUAUUAACAUGCAUGUUAAAAAACUUGGCAGGCUGUUUUUUAAUCCAUCCAUGUCCUCCACAUCCCUAUCUUAAAAGAAAAAAGAACGUUAUGUGGA